UGUCUUGCUAAAUUAGUUCACAGAAAAUGUCUUCUAUGGUUUCUCCUAUUUUUCUCCAAUAGCCUGUCUGGAGGGUAACCAAGUGAUCCAGAUCUUUCCUAUAAGUGCGAAGACAAUAGGGGUCUGAUAAUAUAUGCUAGAAUGUCUGUGAUCUGUUGGGUCAAUGUCCUCAUCCACUAUGUUACCACAGUCUGUAUUCGAUGUAGGGAUUAUGGCUUCGUUAGAGUAAUCCUCCGACAGCUAGCGGGGGACGGCCAUGGGGUGCGGCAGAACUAGUUCCUCCACAGAUACCCGCUUAAUUAAGGUAGUGUAUGAGGCUUUAUAGCCUCAGAGGGGGGAAAUGUUGUGGAUAAAAAUGACAUAAAAUAAACAUGAGGGAGACCUAGUAUGAGUAAUGUGUAAUUUUAUUGAUAAUUCACAGGACUGGUGGGUGUGUAAUCUUGAGGAGAGAGGUAGGGGGAAGAAAAUGGGGUGUGUCCUGGGGACAUGGGAUAGUCAGCAAAGGUGAAAUAAGGAGACCACUGAGAGUAGGGCGGACUGACAGGUGAGGAGAGGGAAGAAUGGUCAGAUUCAAAUCCAGCCCCUCCAGUAAAGGAGAGAAGGAAAAAUGACGACGGGCACCUAGACACACAGAAGCGGUAUUAGGCGGAUAUUGACGAAUUGGAUUCACACUUUAAGAGUAACACACUAUGGUUUAUUAGUCAAAAAGUCAAAAAGAAGUAUAAGAGCUGAGGAGUGCAAACACACACACACACUCUCGUACAGUCAAGGGCAGGCAUGUAGACAUAACACACACUCUCUCUGUCUCUCUCUCUCACACACACACAACAUUAUAACUUUAUAAGAAUAAUAAAAAGGAGUAUUAAGAUAUUAUAAGGGUAAUAUCUUAUAAUAAUAAAAUAUAUACUCUUUAUAAAAUAAAGAGUAGUAGGAUAUGCAGGAUAGUAGAAGGGUAAUAUAAUGAUAUUAUGAAGUAGGAAGUACAGUAAACCGUUUUGCAAGCAAAUGACAUUUGGAGUCAUUUGCCCAAAAAGUGAAUGUGGGAACCGCUGAACUAAAAGUGCACAAAUUCCUGUUAAGAGAGAGGAAGUUGUUGUUGUUGUUUUGUUUGUGUGUGUGUGUGUGUGUGUGUGUGUGUGAGUGAGUGACAGAGAGAUACUUAUCAGCAUGUUGUGUAAAGCUAAGGACACUUCAGUGCAGACUCAAACACACUCAGUUUCUUCUCCAGGUGAUCUUUCCUGAACAGAGAGAUGAAAUCAGCAGAGAAACUCGUCAUCGUUUGUUUUCUGUUUAAAGGUGUUUUGUGUAGAGAAUUCUCCAUCAGUCUACCAGAGAGUGUAGAAGCUGUGAGAGGACUCUGUGUUCUCAUACCCUGCAGUUUUGAGAUUGAAGAACAAUAUGAUGGAGACCUCCAGACAGAUCCUACAGGAAUCUGGUUAAAAGACGGCACUGAUCCUAACAAUAACAGAGUCUUUAACUCUAAAGUAACUGAAGAGAACAAGAUUGAAGGGGAAAUUAUAGGAGACCUCCGCAUGAAGAACUGCACCACCAUCUUCUACAACAUCAGACAGAAUUACAGUGGAGAUUAUUACUUUAGAUUAGAAACUUCAGGAAAACUGAAAUGGAAUUAUAAAUCUCCAUCAGUGUCUGUAAGAGUGGGAGCUUCUCCAAUCACACCCUCAAUAACACUGUAUAAGGAGGAUCAGGGGAAGGUGGAGGACCAAAAUGAGCUGGUGGAGGGAACUUCAGUGAGUCUCAUUUGCUCUGCUCCAGCUCCUCCAUGUCUCUUAAAGCCACCCACUUUUACAUGGAACUUCCUGCCUGAGGAGAGAAGACAGGAGCAGAACCACAACACCAGAUUCAGCUCCUCUCAGCUGAACUUCAACGCUACUCACCUUCAUCAUGGACUCAAUUUCACCUGCACUGCCACCUACCAGUUCCAGAACAGCAACAAAUCAACACAGAGCUCUUUUAUACUACAUGUUCUGUAUGGUCCUAGAAACACGUCAGUAUCAGCAUCUCCAUCUGCUUCAGUGCUUUUGGGCAGUUCAGUGUCUCUGAGAUGCAGCAGUGAUGCAAACCCAGCAGUGCUGAACUACACCUGGUACAGAGAGAACGGAGAGCAGAUAGGAACCGGAAACCAUCUCACCAUCAACACCACUGAUUCUACACACAGUGGUUUAUACUACUGUAGAGCUCAAAACCAGCACGGAGAUCACAACUCAUCUGUCCUCCUGGAUGUUCAGUAUGCUCCUCAGCUCUCUCCCUCCUCCAGCUGUAACACCACUCAGGAUUUGAUCAUGUGUUCCUGUGAGGUUCAUGGAAAUCCGUCUCCUAAACUGGAGUGGCGUGUCUCCAAUCAAACUGUCCCAUACUCAGAAACCACGCCCAUCCAAGUGGAGUCUGUGGGCAACACGAGUUUAAGAAGAUCCGUUUCGUUUUCCAUCCCUCUGUCCGUUAAGGACACGCCCACUCUGCAGUGUGUUGGCUCCAAUAAUCUGGGCAUCGCCUCUCAGGUCUACUUCUUUACAACUAAGGCUCAGUGCCCUGCUAAAGAAUGCACACACACUGCAGUACUUUAUCUGGUUCCCUCUCUCUCUGUGGUUCUCCUGUGUGUUGGUGUUAUUGGAUUUCUCAUCUACAAAGGCACAUCUUUCACUAAUGUUUCUCAAAUCGACUCAGAGCUGCUUACUCGGGAGUUAUCACCAUUAUUAAUGACUCUCGGCACACUGGUGUUGUACCAUCAGCAUUGA